AUGCAACACCUCCAAGAACUCGAGUCUCGUCUCGACCGCCUUAUUUCGGAAAAUCGUCUUCUCGCCGCCGCUCGUGAGGAAGCUGAAGAUAAACUCCGCAAGACCUCCGUCGCCCGACGCAAGAGUGACCAUGCCCUCAACAGCCGCGACGCUGAUCUGCGGGACAGGGAUGCCGAAGUGGAACAAUUGAAGAGCUCGCUGGAGUGGUUGCAGAAGGAAGUAGCCCGUCUGACCGAGGAAAAUGCCGGGCUCACGACGACGAGCUCCAACCUCACUGCCACUCAUGCGCAGGAGGUCCAAGUUAUGCAGGAGACGUUCGAUCGCCAAGUCGAUGCAUUGCGCUCGGAGAAUCAACAACUGUCGGCAGAAAUGCACGAUCGGGUGCGACAAGAAGUGGAGACGGCAUUGGCCCAGAAGGACAUGGAGCUACGACGGCUACGAGAGGAACUGGAGAAUGCUCGCGACAAGGUGAAACAACUACAGCAACAGAUCGCGGCAGCCAUGCAGGACGACGUCUUGGUCUUCCGCGACGAGGAUUACUUCGAUGCUGCUUGCCAGAAGCUAUGUGGUCAUGUACAGCAAUGGGUCCUCCGUUUCUCCAAGCAUUCCGACCACCGUCGCUGCCGCAAGCUCAGCGAUCUGCAAGAUGAAAAGAUUGCCGACCGGUUCGACAACGCCAUCCUGGACGGUUCCGAUGUAGACAGCUACCUCGGCGAUCGAGUUCGUCGUCGUGAUGUAUUCAUGUCUGUUGUCAUGACCAUGGUAUGGGAGUUUAUCUUCACACGAUACCUAUUCGGCAUGGAUCGUGAGCAACGACAGAAGCUCAAGUCUCUGGAGAAACAGCUGGCCGACAUUGGUCCACGCAGUGCUAUCCAUCGGUGGCGUGCCACUACUCUGACUUUGCUUUCGAAACGGCCAACCUUCUCGAAGCAGCGUGAGAGCGAUACCGAGGCUGUCGCCUUGGAGAUCUUUGACACUCUGUCACGCCUCCUCCCGCCACCUACCAAUGUCGAGGCCCAGCUUCUGGACUCGCUUCGCAAGGUGCUCCGUGUCGCGGUCCACCUGUCAAUUGAGAUGCGCACACAGCUGGCAGAAUACAUUAUGCUACCGCCACUGCAGCCCGAGUAUGACACCAAUGGUGAUCUUGCUCGCCAGGUCUAUUUCAACGCCUCCUUAAUGAAUGAGCGCAGUGGAGAGACCACGUCAAAUGAAGAGCUGGAAUCGCAGCAAGCGGUAGUCCGGGUUGUUCUGUUCCCAUUGGUGGUGAAGAAGGGCAAUGACCGGGGAGAAGGCGACGAUGAAGUGGUCGUCUGCCCGGCCCAAGUGCUCAUUGCCAGACCCAACAAGGACAAGAAGGUGGUGAAGAUGCUCAGCGGCGACCGCAUGUCCCUGGAUGCCACGAGAUCGGUCCACAGCGUCGCCCCGUCGUCAACCAUGGACAUGAGCAAUGUGAUUUGA